AGCCACCCAUAAUCAAGACAGAUUUGCCAAAUAAAUCAUUGUAGAAACGCUAGUUUGGGACUGAAAAAUUCCAGGAGCAAGACUUAAGAUCUGUCACUCCAUGAGGAUCUGGAGGGGGACUCCCUUCCCAGAAACUUGACGCCGAAGUGCUGGUUGUAAUUUUAGAAAGACAGCUAAUUGGCUUUUUUAAAAGAUCGCCCAGGGCCUUGGCCUAAGAGCUGGGAGCUGUUCGGAGUGAUAGAGAAGUCAUGGAAGCAGCUGAGAAGGAGGAAAUCAGUGUCAAAGAUGAAGCUGUGGAUAAAAACAUUUUCAGAGACUGCAACAGGAUCGCAUUUUACAGGCGUCAGAAACAGUGGCUUUCCAAGAAGUCCACCUAUCAGGUAUUACUAGACUCAGUCACAACAGUUGAAGACAGCACCAGGUUCCAAAUCAUCAAUGAAGCAAGUAAGCCUGUUUGUAAGGUUUCACCAGAGACAACACUUCCAGCAGCAUCUCCAAGGAUGCAGGAAUAUCUCUGUACACCUCUAUGAAGUUACCUCUUGCUUCUUCAUCUAAGCCUAAUGAAAAUGUGGCUUUGCCCAACCAGCCACCUUCUCAGCAGAGUAGGCACAACUACCAUUUGUUAGCCAGUACUGUGUUUGCAGAAAUGGCCAGAAACAGGCAGCUAAUUUGGGAAUUGGCCAAAAAUUCAGAAGGACUAAUUGUCCUUGGGGAACAGGCCAAUGCCCAGCCAAAGGUUGCUAAUAUUCUUUUUUUUUUUUUUUUUUUUGUCAACCAGGCUGGAGUGCAGUGGCAUGGUCUUGGCUCACUGCAAUCUCCACCUCCCGAGUUCAAGCAGUUCUCCCACCUCAGCCUCCAGAGUGCCUGCCACCACACCCAGCUAAUUUUUGUAUUUUUAGUAGAGGCAGGGUUUCACUGUGUUGGCCAGGCUGAUCACAAACUCCUGACCUCAUGAUCUGCCCACCUCAGCUUCCCAAAGUGCUGGGAUUACAAGUGGGAGCCACUGCACCCACCCGAGGUUGCCAGUAUUUGUUGUAGAAAAUCAGUGCUUGCAAUAAACCAACUGGCUACAAAUGUGGAAGGGAUAAUUAGUACCCUACAGCAAUUUAAUGAACUAUUCAUUCCCUGGAUCCUGGGAGGUCUUGCUCACAGCUGAGAAGUGGUCACUCAUGUUCUAGGCCCUUUAGGUUACAGUUCUUUAUGUAAUAGUGAAAAGUCCUCGUGCUUCAGGAAAAGCAAGAUCAACCUAUCAAGGAGGUGUUGACAGAGUCAUAAUUUUCCUACUUAACACCCACUGCAAAUUUAAAUAUGUCUUCUAGGGCUGUUCUGUUAAGUCUGUUAUGGUCUUUAUGAGCAGUGAUUCCAAGUUCUGAUGAAUAAAAAGUUUUUGUUUUAAUGUGUUUAUGAACAGCCCUAUGCUUGAAGACAUAGACAAAGCUAUUUGUAACACCCUGAUGUUUACAAAAUAUCUGAUAUUUUUGCCUAUGUGACCAUAAAAAAAACUAGAUUGUGAAUAACAAACCACAAAGUUUUAAUUGCUUUUAUUUAGCAGGGGAGAAAUAAGACAGGAAAAGAGAAUUAAUGCUCUUUUUCCCAGCCUGUGAGAGGUGGGCUUCUGAGUAAAGGUAUGUGAAAAACUGAGUAGAGGCUUGUAGUACUAAAAUGAACCUCCAAAAUGCAUUAUUUUCUUUGAGGAUUUAUGUCAGCUUCUCCGUGUAAAUGGACAUUAACAAACCUUAUUUUUCAGAGAUGGGGUCUCACUUUAUUGCUCAGGCUGGAGGGCAGUGGUUACUCAUGGGUGCAGUCAUGGUACUCUGUAACCUUAAACUACUAGGCUCAAGCAAUUCUCUUGCCUCAGCCCCACUGAGUAGCUGGGGCUCUAUGCAUGCAUCACCCAUUGGCACAUCUUAAAUAUUUCUAAGAGCAAAAGCCAUGCUCUCUUACCUCAUUUGACCUAUCCAUUUAAAGUUAUUAGAUGUAUGUUCAUUUAUUUUACAUAAAUUGAUCUGGCUGCAAUUUGAGUGUGACUACUUAUAUUAUCUAAGAAUUAAUAUUAAAUUUAAGGAGUCCAACAUCUGUAACUUCUUAGUGUAUUUUUUCAUUGUCAUAUCCAAUCAUCACUAAUAGGAGGAAGAGAUUUGGUAGUUUAUUUGUAUAUUAUUUUAUUUAUAAGUAUCAGCAGGUCCCAGCAAAUGAAAAAGGAAUAUCUAUAAAUUCUUACUAUUUUAGGUAGAAGGAUAUAACAGUCAUGUCCAGACUUUUUGAAAGAGCAAGGAUGUGGUAGAAGGAUUGGGAAAGAACUGGCAGUUAAGCCCCAGGGAGGUGGCUUUUAAACUGUCAUCACUGAGCCCUGAGGUUUCCACAGAGGUGCCUCAGGACUCAAUAUAGGAAAGGCAGGGGACUCUAAAGUGGGACACUGAGCAAUUCCCCACUGUCUUUAACCCAAGUUACUUACUAGAUUUCUGGGAGUCUGCUGAUAUUAAAAAAAAAAAAGGCCAAUAAGAAAAAAAAAUAUGUGAGCCCAGAUCAUAGGAGCAAAUGCACAGUAAAGUCUAAGGAAAGUAGUGCCUGGACCAAGAAAGCUAUGUUGGUAAUAAUAAGAGAUAAGAAUGAAUCUGUCCAUUGAUUAAAGGAUUAAAAAAAAAAAAAGAAGUCUUGGCAUGGGCUCACACCUCUAAUCCCAGCACUUUGGGAGACUGAACCAGGAGGAUCACUUGAGGUCAGGAGUUUGACACCAGCCUGGUUAACAUGGUAAAACCCCACCUCUAUUAAAAAUGUGAAAAUUAGCUUGGCAUGGUGGUGCACACCUGUAAUUCCAGCAACUCAGGAGGUUGAGGCACAAGAAUAACUUGAACCCAGGAGUCAGAGGUUACAGUGAAUUGAGAUUGUGCCUUUGCACUCCAGCCUGGUUACAGAGCAAGACUCCAUUUCAAAAUAAGACUCCUUUUGACGGAGCAAGACUCCAUUUCAGAAUAAAUAUAUAAAUAGAUAGAUAAAUUUAAAGAAAGAAUGACUCUGAAUAUUGCUAAAUUUCAGAGCAAUUUUUGCUAACAUAAGUUUGCUAAAUUGAAUUAAAAUUGAAAUGGGAUUUAGCUCGGAUCUAUACAUGAAGUCAUUAUGGUGAAAGCAGCAUUAUUGCUCCCUCUUUUUUCCACCUGGGCUGCAGCCUGGAGAACAGAAUAUACAGGUCACUCUUUGGUUUAAACAAAAAUUGGUUGUUGUUUUUUUCCAGAGAAAGCUAUUUUACUGAAAAUGGAACAAUCUGAGUGAAUAACUAGAUGGAAUUUGUUAAUCAUAUAUAGGCAGACAACCUAUGUGCCCCCUGCUUAGAACGUUCUUGCCCAUUUUUGCCUACUCAAAGUCCUACUAAUUCCUGUGGCCCUUUACUCCUACAGGGAACAUCCAGAACUCUUCACCCUACAGUCAUCAUUAAUAACUCCCUUCCUUAAUCUCUUGCCUUUCUACUUUAGCACUUAUCACAGAAUGCUCUGUGUUAGCUUUGCAUCUCUUUUAUCUCUAAAUUGUAGCAUCCCCAAAAGUUUAGUCUUUGCAAUAAUAGAUGCCAAAUAAAUGUUAAUUGAAUUGAAUUUGAGAGAGCAAUGGAAAUAUAUGUUUAGUGAGAGAAUACAUAAACAGAAUUUGAGCUUCAUUUUGACUUGAACAUAUUUCCAAAUGUUAAAAUUCUAAUAGUAUACUAAAAGUAGUUUAAAUAUGUAAAAGAACAUUAAACAUGUAAGCAGUAAUUACAGUAUGAUAACAUUGCAUCAUAUCCCUGUCUUAGAAUAUCUAGAAAAGGAUCCACAACCAUAGCACUGUUUACUUGGUCACUGUUCAGUAUCAUAUUGCAGUUUAACUGCCCUGAUUGCUUCCCUGUAUUCACAAGAGGCAAAGUUCCACUAAUAUCACUUUUCUGGUGCUGACUUGACAGUCUCCAUACUUCUCAUCUUUUACUUGCACCACAUUGUACCCAUUCUAUGCUAUAUCACACAACUUACCCAGCUUAGCUGUCAUUUAUCAGACAUAAUGGUAACAACACAGGCAUCCAGUAGUAACCAAAACUUGGCAUCAUACUUCAUGAAGAAUUUGCAAUUGGCUAGUGUGGCAUGGCCCACCAGUUGAAAACCAUGGUCUUAAAAUAUUUUUCUGAUCUAGAUGCCUCAUUUUGUAGCCUGAAUCCAGUCAUUUCUAUUAUCCUGGCACUUGUUCUGUGUCUCAUUUUUCAAAUUCUGUAUUAUCUUCAUGGUUCUUACAUUGUUUCCAUGUCCCAUCAUAGGCAGAAUUUUACCUACAUUCCCCAGUCUCUUGUAAAAGUUCCCCAGGCCUAUUACCAGAUGUAAAUGAAUCAAUUUCAGUUUGAUUUUAGUCAUUCACUGUAAUUAUUAAUAGAGACUCCUUUCACUCUAAAGAUCCUGGUUUGGACAAUUAUAUGUUCACCUAGCCACAGAACACAUAUAGAUAUAUUUCUUGUUGCUACCACAGCUAUAGCCAAGCAAGUACCUACAUAGACUGGGGAGCUUUUUUUUAAAAAAAAAAAAAUUGCCAGUGUUUUCCAAUUUGCUUGGCCUAUCAUAAUUUAAACAAAUACUUUUCUAAGUAUUGUAAUUUGUUCUUUUGUUCUUUUUUUUUUUUUGAAAGAAAAGGAGAAAGGGGGAGAGAGAACGGAAGUCUCGCUCUAUUGCCCAGGCUGAAAUGCAGUCUAUAAAUAGGUAUUAAAAACCUCUUUUAUGCCAAUAAUUGUGCUUAACAGUGGAGACAGGAAGGAAUAAGGGAAGAAAAUAACAAACAGUCAACCAAUAUUUCAUUUAAGUCUGUGAAAUGCUAUGCAAAUGCUGAAGAGUGAUUUACUUUCAAUUAUGUGGUCACUUUCAAAAUAGGUGUAAUGUGAUACUGAGAAAAAUGUAUGUUCUGUAGACCUGGGGUGAAGAAUUCUAUAAAUAUUCGCAGAGUUUACUUGUUCCAGGUCUGAGUUCAAAUCAUAGAUGUUCCUGUUAAUUUUCUAUCUUGUUGAUCCAUUGAAUAUUAACAAUGUGGUGUCAAAAAUCUCCCACUGUUACUGUGCAGGAGUCCAAGUCUCUUUAUAAGUCAUUAAGAACUUGUCUUAUGUAUCUGAGUGUUUCUAUAUUGGGUACAUAUACAUUUAUGAUCAUUGACUCCUGUUGUUACAUUGAUCCUUUUACCAUCAUGUAAUGUCCUUUGUUUCUUUUAAUCUUUGUUACUAUUAAAGUCUGUUUUGUCAGAGACGAAAGUUACAACUCCUGUUUUUUUUGUUUUGUUUUUUGUUUUUUUUUGCUCUCCAUUUGAUUGAUAAGUCUUCCACCAACUCUUUGAGUCUUUGUGUGUCCUUGCUUAUAAGAUGGAUCUGGAUACAGCAUAGCGAUAGGUUUUCACUUUUUAUUCAUUUUGCCUGUCUGUGUCUUUGGGGCAUUUCAUCCAUUUAAAUUUAGGAUUAAUAUUGAUAUUUGUGAGUUUAAUAUUGCCGUUUAAUGCUAGCUGGCUAUUUUGCCCAUUAGUUGAUAUAGAUUCUUCAUUAUGGAGAUACUCUUUACCUUUUGAUAAGUUUUUGAGAUGACUGAUACUGGUUGUUCCUUUCUGUGUAUAGUGCUUCUUCCAGAAACUCUUGUAAAGCAGGCCUGGUGGUGAUGAAAUCUCUGAGUGCUUGCUUGUUCGCAAAAAAUUUUAUUUUUCCUUCAUUUAUGAAGCUUCGUUUGGCUGGAUAUGAGAUUUUGGGUUGAAAAUUCUUUUCUUUGAGGAUUUCGGAUACUGAGCCCCACUCUCUUCUAGUUUGUAGGGUUUCUGCUGUGAGAGAUCUGCUGUGAGUCUGAUAGGCUUCCCUUAAUGGGUAACCUAACCUUUCUCUCUAGCUGCCCUUAGAAUUUUCUCCUUUAUUUCAACCCUGGUGAAUCUAAUGAUUACGUGUCUUGGGGUUGCUCUACUUGAGGAAUAUCUUUGUGGUGUUCUCUGUGUUACCUGGAGUUGAGUAUUGUCCUGCGUUACUAGGUUAGGAAAGUUUUCCUGAAUAAUAUCCUGAAGAAUAUUUUUGGCUUGGAUUCAUUCUCUUCAUGACAUUCAGGUGCACCUAUCAAACCUAAAUUAGGUCUUUUCACAUAGUCCCAUAUUUCUUGGAGACUUUGCUCAUUCCUUUUUACUCUUUCUUCUCUAAUCUUGUCUUCUUGUUUCAUUUCAUUAAGUUGGUCUUCGACCUCUGAUAUCCUUUCUUCUGCUUGAUCAAUUCAACUAUUAAAACCUGUGCAUACAUCGCAGAGUUCUCAUAUUGUAUUCUUCAGUUCCAUUAAUUCACUUAUAUUCCUCUCUAAAUUAUCUAGUCUCCUUAGGAUUUCAUCAAACCUUUUUUCAAGGUUCUUAGUUUCUUUACAUUGGGCUAGAACAUGUUCUUUUAAUUUACAGAAGUUUCUUAUUAUCCACCUUCUGAAGCUUAAUUCUGUUAAUGGAAUGCACUCCUUCUCCAUCAGGCCUUGUUCCCUUGUUGAUGAGGAACUAUGAUCCCUUGUAGAGGGAGAGGCAUUCUGAUUUUGGGUAUUCUCAGCCUUUUUACGCUGGUUUCUUCCUGUCAUUGUAAAUUUAUCCACCUGUCAUCUUUGUAAUUACCAGCUUUCAAAUUAGGUCUCUGAGCAGACGUCCAACUUGUUGAUUCUCAGCACUGGAAUCUGAGCAACCCACUGCGCCGGCUAAAACAGCGGCGUUAAGAUUCGUGGUGCUUUUCUGCCCAGGAAUCUCCGGUCUGGCUUCCUUCUUGAGUCCCUCAUUCAAUCAGCUGAAUAGGCAACUCUGCCUUCCCGGAGCUCCAAACGUCCACCGAAAGGGAACCCAGUCCUGUUUACUCUGCACCAAGAACCGCCACGCUGGCCACAAGAGUCACACUGGCGACCCACGGGGCUCCUCCGCUGGGAAUCUCCUGGUCCGUGAUCUACAAAAAUUUGUCUGAAAGUGUGGCGUCCUCUCGUUCUUUGCGUUUUCACUGCGAGCUACAAUCCUGAGCUGCUAGUAAUCAGCCAUCUUGGAUCAAUCCCCCUAAGUACUGUAAUUUGUACAAAAUUGGCCAUCAGUUGGAUAACUUGUUCAAGCUAAUGUCUUG